CGAAGAACACAAGCCUCUGCGAAACGUGUGACAAAUUCAGAUCCCGGCGUCGCGUCAGUCACCGUUGACCCUAGAAGAUAGGUUAGGCUACCCAUAAGCUCAUACACGAGGAUUUGCGGAGGAGCUCUACAUAUUUUCCAAAGUAUCAGCGAAAUAAGGCUAUUCGGCAUAUGACGAAACAUCACUGGAAUGUCUCCGCCUCGAGUUUGCGGCAAAGGUAGUUUUGACAACCGAUCGAGCCAGAGCCUAGGAAGAUACUCGGCAUGGCGCAGAACGCUGCUGGCCGCAACUGGCCAUUCAAUUGCCCCCACUGAGUUCCCCAAAGGACGGUCUUCUUCAGGAUUUAUGGAGAUAACGCAAAGCCCUCGCGUGAGCACAAGUAUACACCCUUUACACUUAAACCUGAAAUUGAAUAGCUUCUCUCAACCUCAACCCAAUCUCUUCGGCAAUCUCCGUUGCAGUCGCUGCCAACAGAGCCGCUCCUGCUCCCAGGCAUCCCAGCGACGAGGCAGGUCAAAAGACAAGCUUCCCUGCCAAAACGCAGCUCUCUUCAGUCUUGGCAGCCCUCCCACCUCUGAAAACUCCUUAUUACCUUUCGUUGAGCAGUCCUCCUCGAUCCCGCCAAAAACGCUUCACACUUCACCUGACUCCAAUUCAAAAGACACUAUACCAACACCAAUUUCUACUGACAUGCGGGACCCUAGAAUCGACUAUGAGAAUGUCUGAGACACUGAGCACAGUUCUAUUACGGGCCAGCCUCUCCACCAUACUGCUAGAUUGGUGUUUCUAGACUGC